GAACAUUAGGAACACAAGCUUGAGGAUAUCAGAUAUGGCUUCUGCAACAUGGAGCAUGUCUUGUUUGAAAUCAGCUCUCCCUUCAAUUCAACGAAUUUCCAACUCUUCACUUCGAUUCUCUUCUGGGUCUUCCCCUUGUCGUCUGAGGAUUUGCAAACCCAAGUCCACUUCAACAAUUAUUCAGUCCUUCGUGGGUCUUGCUCCGCUUCAUCCACUUUUGUCCCUUUUUUCUCAAGAUUCAACAAGUUUCGAGAACUCAUUCACCAUAAUUGAUAAUGGUGGCCGGGUUUUUGCAAUGAGGCAUGGCAGGAAGGUGCCCAAACUGAAUAGACCUCCUGACCAGCGUCGGGCACUUUUGAGAGGUCUGACAACUCAGCUCCUCAAGCAUGGGCGUAUAAAGACCACUAAAGCAAGGGCCAGGGCGGUUAGAAAAUAUGUUGACAAAAUGGUAACGAUGGCAAAGGAUGGCUCUCUUCACAAGAGAAGGCAAGCUCUUGGAUUCAUCUACGAGAAGCAAAUAGUGCAUGCAUUGUUUGCUGAAGUCCCGGAAAGAUAUGGGGAGAGAAACGGAGGAUACACUAGGAUAAUAAGAACUCUACCUAGGCGAGGGGACAAUGCACCAAUGGCAUAUAUCGAGCUUGUCUAGCAACUGAAUAUUCAAUUCGAAGGAUGUUUUUGGUUGGUUCUUAAUUCUGAUGAGAACUAAGAGAUUUUGUUUGUUCCAUUCAAUUUAAUUUUCAGUUACUGUUAAUUUGGUUGGUCACCUUUGAUAUGUUUCAAGCAUUAAGUUGUUGACCUCUGCAUAUUGUAUCAAAUAUAGUUGUUUUCAUGGAAAUUGCUGCAAUCGAACAUGA